AUGACCGUCACCCUACACGGCCUCUGCUACGAGACCCUCCCCUCGCAUCCCGUCUCAACAGCCUGCGACGGGGAAUGGACUAGCAUAGCCACAACAACAACGACCGUAUCAACAACCUACAUGCUCAACGGCACAACACGCACGGGCCAGGUUGUGAUUCCCGCGACAGACUCAGUGUACCCGUUGCCUAUAACGGCGCCGACAACGACGUUCGCUGCCGAGGAGACGGGUGAUCUUGUUGCUGUUAGGAUGCAGGGCGUACUUGUUCUCAUGCACCGGGAGAGUGAUAUCGAUGUUGGUUCUACGGACAGCGACGAGGCUACCGGGAGUGAGAGUGAGAGCGAGGAGCCGGGGGAGGAGGUCGGGGAUACUACGGAGGCGAAUGUGGCGAUUGCCAGGUUUUAUACUGGGGCGAGCCACUGGGGUCAGAUUUGGGGGAUGUUGGGGGUACUGGGAGUUUCGGCUUUGCUUGGGGUUGGGCUGCUUGUGCAUGUGUAG